AUGGCACCAAAGAACAACAAGGGCAAGGCCAAGGAGCCAGAAAAGGCAGGCGCAGCCAAGAGUAUCAAUGUUCGCCACAUUCUAUGCGAGAAGCACGCAAAGAAGGAAGAGGCACUUGUCAAGUUGAAUGCUGGCGUCAAGUUUGAUGAAGUCGCCAGAGAGUUCUCCGAAGACAAAGCUCGUCAAGGUGGCUCGCUAGGCUGGAAGACCAGAGGAAACCUCAUGCCCGAGUUUGAGAAUGUCGCUUUCGAAUUGCCGGCCAGCACUACCAAUAGCCCCAAAUGGGCUGAAGCCAAGACUAGUGAAGGCUACCACAUUAUCAUGGUUGAGGGCAGGAAGUAA